GAAAGAGAGAGAGUGGGACAGAAGCACUGUGAUGCAAGCGUGAGGUUUUCACUUUCCAUUCUCCUCUCAGCAGCAGUCGGAGAAGUCCACGCUGAGGCACAACAGAAGUGCCUUGCCUGAAGCCUGUAGCUGUGUGGACCUUCUAGACCACACCAGGAGCCCAAGGACUGCCAUCCCUGCCAGCUGAACCUUCUGAUCCCUGGUCCCGGGUGGUGCCCCCAUCCUUACCCAUAAUCCUUGCCUGCCAGCUGAACCUUCUGAUCCCUGGUCCCUGGUGGUGCCCCCAUCCUACCCAUAAUCCCUGCCAGCUGAACCUUCUGAUCCCUGGUCCCUGGUGGUGCCCCCAUCCUACCCAUAAUCCUUUCCUGCCACGUCUACCACCUCUCUGGAACUGUCUCGGCUCCCUUGUAGCCUGACUGUGACAACACAUAGGAUUUUCUUCCUUCUGUGUGGGUGAGAGGGGACUGUCCUCCCGCUGUCCCUCCCUCCACUCCGCCCCCUGCUACCUGCUCCCUCGGCACAACAUGGGCCAACCCGAUCAAUAAUGUGUUUCGCCAUCCAUCUCGCCUGACAGUUCAGCUGAGGAAAGUGAGAGAGAGAGGAGUACAGAAGUUGGAACCGCCUGUACAAAGCAAGCUUUCGUCAGUGCCACCAGCCCAGUGUCAGGCACUGGAGGAAUCUCAUCAGCCCCAGUAACAGGUUCAUAGGAUGGGCAAUAGAUCCUAGCAGAGGUCCUGGCUCACAUCCAAAAACAGGCCUCGGAUAGAAAACACCUUCUGAUUGGCUUGUUUCAUUUUGAUUUCUCUCAGUGACAUUAGAAACAAACUUUCAUCACACAUUCUGAGACAUCACAUUCUGCCUGGAUAUCCGUUGCUCUUAAUCGGCUACUUCUGCCUGGUUCAAAAUGGCGGUAAACCUGACACCUAUUCGGGACACAAAAUGGCUGACUCUGGAGGUGUGUCGUGAGUUCCAAAGAGGGACGUGCUCACGACCAGACAGCGAGUGUAAGUUUGCCCACCCUGCCAAGAGCUGUCAGGUGGAGAAUGGACGAGUCAUCGCCUGCUUUGACUCCCUCAAGGGUCGUUGUUCCAGGGAGAACUGUAAGUACCUACACCCUCCUCCCCACCUGAAGACCCAGCUGGAGAUCAACGGCAGGAACAACCUGAUCCAACAGAAGAACAUGGCCAUGCUGGCACAGCAGAUGCAGCUGGCCAACGCCAUGAUGCCCAGCACACAGCUACAGCCUACAUGUAUGCCGGUCCCCAUGUUCUCUGUGACGCCCAGCCUUGCCUCUAAUGCCAGUGCUGCCGCGGCCGCUGCGUUUAACCCUUACCUGGGCCCGGUGUCGCCCGGCCUGAUGCCCACUGAGAUCAUGUCCAGCGCCCCGGUCCUGGUGACCAGUAACCCCAACGUCUCCAUGCCCUCUGCUGCUGCUGCUGCCGCUGCACAGAAACUCAUGAGGACAGACAGACUGGAGGUGUGUCGGGAGUACCAAAGAGGUAACUGUACGGGGGAGAAUGACUGUCGCUUCGCCCACCCCUCAGACAGCACCAUGAUAGACACCAACGACAACACCGUGACCGUGUGUAUGGACUACAUAAAGGGUCGCUGCUCCAGGGAGAAGUGUAAAUACUUCCACCCUCCAGCCCACCUGCAGGCCAAGAUAAAGGCUGGCCAACACCAGGUCAACCAGGCUGCUGCCGCAGCAGCCAUGGGGCUCUCACCUGUUUUACCUCCAUUACCAAAGAGACCCACACUUGAAAAAGCCAACGGUGCCACUGCCAUGUUCAACGCCGCCAACAUGUUCCAGUACCAACAGGCCCUGGCCAACAUGCAGUUUCAGCAGCAGUUUAUCCCAUCAGGCUCGAUAUUGUGCAUGACACCUGCAACAAGUGUUGUACCCAUGAUGCACGGUGCUACGCCCGCCACUGUGUCUGCAGCCAACUCCUCUGCCACAAGUGUUCCCUUUGCAACCGCAACAGCCAAUCAGAUUCCAAUAAUAUCUACAGAUCAUCUUACGAGUCACAAGUAUGUGACUCAGAUGUAGAAGUCUCUACCAGAACAAUGAAACUGGAGUGUGAUGGUGUUCCAUCCGUCCCAGACAACAGUUCACCCAUCAUGCUUGUAACCACAGAAAUAGAAUCUUUAGAAUAGAUUCUAUGUCUAUGCCUGUAACAUCCAGAACACCAGGAGACUCCAACCACCUGUAAACUGUAGUGGUUCUGACAUGCAUGCUACUCAAAGAGAUCUAGUUUGUCAUAAGGUGGUGAACAUGUGUAUUCUACACACACCAUACGGACAACAGCACCUCCUACACAGAGAGGAACUAUGUCAUCUACAGAACAUUACAGCCAGCCUUUAUGUCUGUGGAGGCGUCAUCCAUUAAAACACCGGACACACUUUGAAUGUCAACAUGAGGAGAUAGUCACGCCCACUAGUUUGGUAUGUCAGCAGACCAAGACUCUCUUUUAUGUUAUUUUCAGUUUGUUUUUCUUUAAUUUAUAUUAUUUUUUCAUGGUUUACACAAAACACCUUGUAUUUUAAGCAAGAAGGGGAAAUGACGAGGAAUUGUAACUAAUUGCCAUAUUAGACUGAAAGAAUUGUGCAUGGCUUGUUUGUAGAUGAUUUGGUUCUUUACAAGACCAACUUGGUUGAAAUGGGUUAGUGGGCUUGGUGCCAUAAGGACAGCUGAAUGUUGUGGGUUUAGUAUACCUUUGUGUUUUAAAACCCAUCCCAGCUUUAGUAGAUAUGUUGCAAGCUCCACUUAAAGUGCCACAGUCUAUGUAUGUAUAUCCCAAAAACAUUGAGUGUUAUGGGGUCAUUAUAGCCGUGUUACAGUGUUACCCUGGGGAACGCCUUCCAAGUCUCUAAUGUCUCUAGUGUCCUUGUUCCGUGAACGUUUGUCUACAGUUUGACGUCAUUAACAGAUGAACCAUUCAUGGUCUUUGCCUCUUGGGUACGCAGUUACCCACCGUAGUUUGUUUGGGUUACCUCUGGUCUUCUGUUGGUUUUCUUUUCAUUUGCCUUGACCUUAGAUUCCACGGUGUGAGUCAGACAGAGAAGGGGUAUUGGUUCUGUUAGGACACAGUCCUCUCUGGGUAUAAAGUAUAAUGACUAGUUGGUUCUGUUAUGACCUGGUCCUCUCUGUCUAUGGGUAUAAAGUAUAUAGACUCUAGUUGGUUCUGUUAGGACCUGGUCCUCUCUGUCUCUGGGUAUAAAGUCUAUAGACUCUAGUUGGUUCUGUUAGGACCUGGUCCUCUCUGUCUCUGGGUAUAAAGUCUAUAGACUCUAGUUGGUUCUGUUAGGACCCAGUCCUCUUUGUAUCUGAGUAUAAAGUCUAUAACCUUUACUUGGUUCUGUCAGGAGCCAGUCCUCUCUGUCUUUGGGUAUAAAGUCUAUAGACUCUAGUUGGUUCUGUUAGGACCUGGUCCUCUCUGUCUCUGGGUAUAAAGUCUAUAGACUCUAGUUGGUUCUGUUAGGACCUGGUCCUCUCUGUCUCUAGGUAUAAAGUCUAUAGACUCUAGUUGGUCCUGUUAGGACCCAGUACUCUCUGAGUAUAAAGUCUAUAGAGUCUAGUUGGUUCUGUUAGGACCCAGUCCUCUCUGGGUAUAAAGUCUAUAGACUCUAGUUGGUUCUGUUAGGACCUGGUCCUCUUUGUCUCUGAGUAUAAAGUCUAUAGACUCUAGUUGGCUCUGUUAGGACCUGGUCCUCUCUGGGUAUAAAGUAUAUAGACUCUAGUUGGUUCUGUUAGGACCUGGUCCUCUCUGUCUCUGGGCAUAACGUCUAUAGACUCUAGUUGGUUAUGUUAGGCCCUGGUCCUCUCUGUCUCUUGGUAUAAAGUAUAUAGACUCUAGUUGGUGCUGUUAGGACCUGGUCCUCUCUGUCUCUGGGUAUAACAUCUAUAGACUCUAGUUGGUUCUGUUAGGCCCUGGUCCUCUCUGGGUAUAAAGUCUAUAGACUCUAGUUGGUUCUUUUAGGACCUGGUCCUCUCUGAGUAUAAAGUCUAUAGACUCUAAGUUGGUUAUGUUAGGACCUGGUCCUCUCUAGGUAUAAAGUCUAUAGACUCUAGUUGGUCCUGUUAGGACCCAGUACUCUCUGAGUAUAAAGUCUAUAGACUCUAGUUGGUUCUGUUAGGACCUGGUCCUCUCUGGGUAUGAAGUCUAUAGACUCUAGUUGGUUCUGUUAGGACCUGGUCCUCUCUGUCUCUGGGUAUAAAGUCUAUAGACUCUAGUUGGUUCUGUUAGGCCCCAGUCCUCUUUGUCUCUGAGUAUAAAGUCUAUAGACUCUAGUUGGUUCUGUUAGGACCUGGUCCUCUCUGUCUCUGGGUAUAAAGUCUAUAGACUCUAGUUGGUUCUGUUAGGACCCAGUCCUCUCUGGGUAUAAAGGCUAUAGACUCUAGUUGGUUCUGUUAGGACCCUGUCCUCUCUGUCUCUGGAUAUGAAGUCUAUAGACUCUAUUUGGUUCUGUUAGGACCUGGUCCUCUCUGUCUCUGGGUAUAAAGGCUAUAGACUCUUGUUGGUUCUGUUAGGACCCAGUCCUCUCUGGGUAUAAAGGCUAUAGACUCUAGUUGGUUCU